AUGGGAGAGCACAAAGUCUUUGUAUGGAGUCUAAGUUUCCUGGUUUUGUUGUGUUUUGGGCUUUAUGGAUGUGUAACAGUUGAAGCAAUCCGAGAAGGGAAGUUUUUAACUUAUCAGGCUAAGGCUGCCAAUGUACCACUAACCAAUGGUUAUGGAAAAGAGUUUGGAGGUGGAGGAGGAGGAGGUGGUGGUUUAGGCUAUGGUUUGGGUGGUGGAAAUGGUAACUAUGGGAUGGGUGGAGGAUCUGGCAGUGGCCAGGGCGGUCAAUAUGGUGGAGGUAGUGGUGGUGGCUUUGGUGGAGGAUCUGGUAGUGGCCAGGGUGGUCAAUAUGGUGGAGGUGGCUUUGGUGGAGGAUCUGGCAGUGGCCAGGGUGGUCAAUAUGGUGGAGGUAGUGGUAGUGGCGGUGGCUUUGGUGGAGGAUUUGGUAAUGGUGGUGGAGUUGGUGGAGGAAAUGGUGGUGGAUAUCCAGGUUAUGCCGGUGAGAGUGUGCAGUUUAAUUUUCCAUAA